AUACUAAAAUAACAAAACACACAAUAAACACAAAUUAACAUCCACCACAGUGAGUUCACCAGACACCUCCUCACUGUGAUGGAAGGCAAAAGUUUUAAAGUCUGAUCCCUUACUAUCCUCCCCAGUAACUUGCCGACCACAGAUGUUAGGCUUGUUGGUCUUUAAUUCCUAGACUUUUCCCUGCCGCCCUUCUUAAAUAUAGGCACUACUUUAGCCACCCUGCAGUCUUCAGGCACAUCACCAGUGUCUAAUGAUCAGGGGCGGAUUAACCAUUAAACAGACUAAGCACGUGCUUGGGGCACCAGGGCCAAAGGGGGCACCACAAAGUUGGGAAAAGGGUGAAAAGAAAAAAAAAACGAAUGAAGAUUUGUAAAAAAAAAAAAAAGAUAAAACUAGUGCAAAUUGAUCAUAAUGUUCUGUUUCUUGAUCAUGGCGCACCCUAGGGUUAUCUUCCCAGGUGUACCACAAGGGGCACUGCUGGCACAGUGCACUCUGACCUCUGUCGGUCAGUAAGAUCAUUAACACCGUCACAUGUUUCCCGUUGUGGAAUAUUCUCGACUGACCUCUGUGCCUCAGACAUGAUGUGUGCGAUAUCCUUGGAAAUCUAAGACCACUGCACUGCCCCAUGUAAACGUCAAAAAUGAAGCGUGUUCAGUUGAGUGGUGCACAAAAGAGAAAACGUGCAAAAGAGAAUGAGCAAAAGAAUCUGUCCGUUGUAGCCAAGACAGGAAAGCUGACAGAUUUCUUCUUACAAACUGCAGAGAAAGAUGAUCCAGAUCUAAACCAGUGUCAGUCUUCAGAGACAGCAAGUGAAUCAAAUCUAUCUCCUUCAUCAGAAACAGGCAGUGUUGGUGCAAGGCCAGAUUUUCAUGAUGACGUUGCACAUGAUGAAGUGCCACAACCUGGACCUAGUUCUACGACAAGAUGUGUAAAUGCUUUUGAACUGUCCAAGGAGUUUAGAGAACUGACCAAGGAUGAAAUGAACAAAGCUAAGGACCCAGGGUUGUGGGAUGUAUUUUAUGGUGAUGAUGUGACAUAUUGGGUUGCUUGUGGACCCAGUGAAUGUCAGCACCACAAUGGGCCAUUUGACAAAUCGUGUCGCAAUUUCAUCAGUGGGAAGCCAAAGAGAUACUGUUCACAGAAAAUCUUUUUUGGAAUAAAAGCCAAUGGUGAACACUACAAGAGAGAAUGGCUGUUGUACUCUCCUUCAAAAGGAUCAGUUUACUGUUUUGUUUGUAAACUAUUUGCGCCCAAAGGGUCAACGCAUUUUGCUAGAAAUGAAGGAUUCAGUGACUGGCGAAACACUGCUGUAAUUGACAACCAUGAAAAAAGUACAACUCACCGAGAUGCCAUGUUGACAUAUUUAACUCGGAAACAAGGCUUAGGCUUGACACAGCCACUGGAAAAACAAAUUGAAGAGGAGUACAAUUACUGGGAGAAUGUGUUUCGGCGUGUUGUAGCAGUCAUUUGCACACUGGCUGAACGAGGAUUGGCAUUCCGAGGAAAAGUGGAACAAUUUGGGUCUCUCAAUAAUGGGAAUUAUUUGGGGCUACUCGAAUUGAUAAGUCAGUUUGACCCAUUCUUGGCUGCUCACAUAUCACGGUAUGGCAAUGCUGGAAAAGGCAACCCUUCGUACCUGCCCAGAACGAUAUGUGAGGAACUUAUUGAGUUAAUGGCAAAGAAAGUGCACUCCGUCAUCAUUGACGAAAUUAAUGUUUCUGGGUACUUCAGUCUGUCUGUGGACUCAACGCCUGAUCUUUCGCAUGUUGACCAACUGAGCAUAGUGCUCAGAUACUUGCAAGAUGGACAGCCAGUUGAACAAUUUAUCACAUUUUUGGAAUUACAAAACCACACUGGUGAAGCUAUGGCACAGCAGGUGUUGAAGUACUUAUGUGAUGAUUGUAAAUUGGAUUUUGCUAAAUGCAGAGGGCAGUCAUACGACAAUGCUGCCAACAUGUCUGGACGUUACAAUGACAUGCAGCAAAAACUUUUGGAUGCAAAUCAGUUUGCCAUUUAUGUACCCUGUGCAGCUCAUUCACUAAGUUGGACGAAGUGCUGUGGAUUGCUGUCAAGUUGCAGUAGAUUUCUUUUCCACUGUACAACUGCUCUACACAUUCUUUUCAGCCUCAACUGCUCGGUGGAGAAUUCUCAAAGAUUGCAUUGGAAAUGA